AUCUAAAUUAUUAGAAAUAUGGCCUUCCAAGAACAGUGUGUUUCCAGUUAAACUCAUCCAAGCAGAUAAAACAGCAUCACUCAGCUCAACAGUCAACACCCACAAAAAUGGCCGCCGCCGCCGCCGGUGCCGGUGCCGGUGCCAUUAACUCCGGCCUACGAUCUCUUCUUCUCAAUACUACCCUUAGACCUUUCACUUCAUCUUUAUUGAGAAAAUUACCACUACCCACAUACGUUUUUCUUCCCAAUACCCCUUCCCGCCACAACUUUUCCCAUCGACCCUUUUGCUCUAUCUCACCAUUGCCGGCAUCCCAAGAAGACAGUUUUAGCAAACCGAACAGUAAAUCACGACCCAAUGUUUUACACAUUCUUGAAGAAAGGGGGUUAUUGGAAUCAGUGACUAGCGACUCAUUACGCUCCGUUUGUUCCGACCCGAAUUUGGGUCCGUUGAAAGUGUAUUGUGGGUUUGACCCGACUGCUGAAAGCUUACACCUUGGUAAUCUUUUGGGUAUAAUUGUGCUUUCUUGGUUUUUACGUUGUGGGCAUAAUGCUGUGGGGCUUAUUGGAGGUGCUACGGGUCGAAUUGGUGACCCUUCUGGGAAGAGUUUGGAGCGACCAGAGCUUGAUUUAGUGACUUUGGAGAAGAAUAUAUCUGGGAUUGCUGGUAUUGUUAAGAAGAUUUUGGUUUGCUCACCAGGUGUUUGUGAAAAUGCUGGAGAGGUACAAAUUUUGAAUAAUUAUGAUUGGUGGAAAGAUGUGAAGUUUUUGGAUUUUUUGAGGAAUGUGGGGAGGUAUGCUAGAGUUGGGACUAUGAUGUCGAAGGAAAGUGUGAAGAAAAGGUUGGAAAAUGCAGAGCAAGGGAUGAGUUAUGCUGAGUUUACGUAUCAGCUUUUACAAGGUUAUGAUUUUGUGCAUUUGUAUGAAAAGGAAGGUGUCAAUGUGCAAAUUGGUGGUAGUGAUCAAUGGGGUAAUAUCACUGCUGGUACUGAUCUUAUUCGUAGGCUUGUAGGAAAAUCUUCCGAUAAUGGAGCUGUUGUUGGCAGCGUACCGGUUGUUUUUGGGCUUACUUUUCCUUUGCUUCUCAAGAGUGAUGGUACCAAGUUUGGAAAAUCAGAGGAUGGUGCAAUUUGGCUAUCCGCUUCACUUUUGUCGCCGUAUAAGUUCUAUCAAUACUUUUUUACGGUCCCAGAUGAUGAUGUAGUGAGGUUUCUUAAGAUACUUACUUUUUUGAGCAUUGAAGAGAUUGCAGAGCUGGAGAAGGAUAUGGGAAAACCAGGAUAUGUUCCUAACACAGCUCAGCGUAGGCUGGCCGAGGAGGUUACACGGUUUGUUCAUGGACAAGAGGGAUUGGAAGAGGCUCUAAAGGCUACAGAGGCUUUGAAGCCUGGAAAUGCUGAUACCAAAUUGGAUUGGAAAACAAUUGAAGGUAUUGCAGCUGAUGUACCAUCUUGCUCCAUGAAUUAUGAACAGGUGUUAGACAUACCAAUUUUGGAUCUUUAUGUUUCCAGUGGUUUGCUUGAAAGCAAAUCAGCUGCACGACGAAUGCUUAAGCAAGGGGGACUUUACUUGAACAAUGCCAAAGUUGAUAGCGAGAGUAAGAAGAUUGAGGCAGAUGACAUUGUGGAUGACAAAGUUAUCCUUUUGUCUGCCGGGAAAAAGAACAAGAUGGUUGUUAGAAUAUCCUGAGCUGUUGCUGUUCGUCUAGUUUUCCAUUUGUGUUCAUAUGUAAGGAUGAUUGUGGCUAUUCCCACUGGUUGAAUUUGAGUAGUUGCUAUUGAAUCAUAUUGUAGAUGACAGUUCCAUAUUAGCAUUCUGAGUUGGCGAGAUACACAGUUUUACAUGAUAUGCAUAUGAUAGAACGAGAGCAAGACGGACAAGUGUUGAGAGGAAGUGAGAAGUUCUACAUUAUCGCAACGGAAAAUUUUUCCUCUUCUCUUGGUAUUUUUAUGUAAUUAUUUUUAAAAUAAUGAUCCAGGAGGGAGACAAACAUGAGCUAUGCAAGCUUUAAGAAUUUCUUGGAUACUUGCAGAAUUUCAUUUAAUUGAAAAAGGUUCUGCUUGUUUUUCUCCUUGGACAGAUGUGAUAUCUUAUUGCAGUUAGGAGGACACUCCUUAUUUAUGGUUCAACUUAAGUGGUUGCAUCUUU